GACACUCAGCCGCCGUGAACAAAGUACGCGUUUCCUGCGGGUCUCCGCUUACACUUUAAACCACGUGACCCUCCCUAUAUCAACACACGGACGCCAUUAAUAUUAAAGGCAGAGAGACGGAAAAUCAGAGGGUGCAGUUUAGAGAUGGAUUCAAAAUCUCGUCGGUUUCCAUUUGCUGUCUCCAGCUCUUCCUCGCUGUCAUCGCCUUCCUCGCUCUCCUCCUCAUCUUCGGCGCUCAGUGCGAGCCGACUCUAUGGCAGAGGGAGCGUCUUGGGAAGAGAUCGCUUUAGCAGAGAAGCUUCUGUCAAAUUAGACUCAGACUAUCAGAGCUCUCGUCUGUUGAGCUCUCCAAGAGGUUACAAUUCAACUGAAAGCCGUCACUCCAACUGGAAGCUCUCUACUCCUGUCUCUCUGUCUUCAACAUCAUCAUCAUCAUCUUCCUGUGAUCGAACAUGGACAGGAUCCACCAGUGGGGACCGAGGCAGACUUACAGACUCUGAGAGAAGACCGGGAACCUACUGUGGACUUCUUGGCACAUCCCAAGACAGCGAGUCUAAAAGAGCAAAACUUUCCUACGCAAAUAGAGAAGCAUAUUCCAGAUCCCCAUCCACAUCUAAACCUACCAGCUCUUACUCCACUCUAGGAAAUUCUUCAUGGAAAUCCUCCAUCAGUCCUUUGUCUAGAUCAUCCUCUUCAUCAUCCUCCUCAUCUUUGUCCACUCCAUCAGAGAGUCUUUGGGCUCGCAGAGAUUUGGAGAAGAGGGGGGAUUCAGGACUGACCUCACUGGGGGAGCCCAGUUACCGGCCUAGCGGGCUGACAUCUUCACUGUACCGCUCAGAGCGCAUUACCUCCACCUAUGCACAAGGUGCUCGACCCAAAGAGAGCCAAUAUUUAUCCCACAGAGAGAAUGGUUCAUCUAGUCGCCGUAUCUCAGCUGAGUAUCUCCCUUCUCCUCUGGAGCGCAGCUCCUACAGGCUGACCUCAGAUUACCAGUCUGGUCCAUUCUCUCGUGAUAUGCCACGCUCCAGCUCUAGCUCCACCAGAACCUCAGCCUCUGUCUCGGACCCAUGCCAGCUCUCAUCCUGGAGCUCCACCCCUUACACACCCCUUACUGGCUGUAGCUCCAGCCCUCCUUCCUCCAGCCCCGCCCCCACUCCACUUCCUGCUCAGAAUGGCAGUGACUCAGAUGGCAGGCGAACAACCAGGCGUCUGCUAUCUCGGCUUUUCUCCCGACGCUCCAGUCAGGAAUCAAACUCUACCACCAGCUCUGCCUCUGAUUCAAGGUCAUAUGAUUCAAGCCCAGAUGAAGCCCCGCCCUCUGAAGCAUCUCCUCCUGUCAUUAGAGAAAAUUUGGAAGCAGAGUUGAGGAACUUGCACAGACGCAGACCGUCUCUCGCUCCAGUCCAGGAGAGCUCUGAUGUUGUAGAGCCCGAACAGGAAUCCCUCAGAUCUCCAGCAGGCCUGUCCUGGCUGAACUGGAACCGCUGUACCCCACUGUUUUCUCGUCGCAGGAGGGAAGGGCGUGACGAAAGCGCCCGCAUGGACCCUCAUCGUUCACCCCAAUUCCCUCUUGGUGACCGAGAUGGCCGUAAAACACCUGACCGGGGCACAAAUUGUGAUGAUGAGGAUGACGAUGACAAUGAUGAAGAUGAGUCCUCAGGGGGCGCCACAGCAGCACCCUCUGCUGGAGCCUCAGGUCUGUCUGCAUCACUACUGCAGGACAGAGUCCGUCUGGCAGGACGAAGCCAUGGAAUGGGCAGGGUGAUGACCAGCCCGCUCUUCCGUAUGCCUGAGAGCAUGAUAAUAGGGGUGGGAGUGGGAGCAGAAGGGAGGAGUCAAACUGACGAGCAGGUGAAAGACAAGCCCGCUCCCUCCAGAGACCCAGAAAGACUGCGAAAGAUUCAGGAGAGCCUGCUGUUGGAGGACUCUGAUGAGGAGGAGGGUGAUCUGUGCCGAAUCUGUCAGAUGGGGGAGCAGUCGAGUUCCAACCCUCUGAUAGAGCCCUGCAAGUGCACCGGCAGCCUGCAGUUUGUGCACCAGGACUGCAUUAAGAAAUGGCUCCGCUCCAAAAUCAGCUCUGGUUCUAACUUGGAGGCAAUCACUAACUGUGAACUUUGUAAGGAGAAACUGCACCUGAACAUCGAGAACUUUGACAUCAAUGAGCUCUACAGAUCUCAUGAAAGGUCGGAGUACGAGUUCAUCAGCUGUGGGCUGUACCUGGUGGUGCUCCUGCAUCUGUGUGAGCAGAGGUUUUCUGAUGUCUUGGGUGCAGUAAAUGAUGCUGGGGUUCAUAUGCAGAAUCGGAUGAAGAUGAGGUGGAGGACAGCAGGCCGUCCAUCGACUUCUGUGACUUGGAGGAUGAUGAAGAGGAGGAGGUUUAAUCUGUUGGCAGGGAGGAAGGAGGCGUGGCUUAGCAGACUGUCUCAGCCUCCUCCCACUUAUUGUUAUUGACCCGUGUGCUCCUGUGUCACUGUUCUUAGCCUAUCACAAGGCUUUCAUAAUAUGCAGAUAGUAUACAAACUUUAUGGGAACUGUUUGGAUGCUGUUAUUUUUUUAUUUUAAUUUCUUUUUGCUUCAGAGGUUUGUGAGCUCUCUAAAGCUUUAUUCAGUUAAAAAAAAAAAAAGUCCGGUGAACAGAUGACCACCAUGAGUGCUUUAAAUAACUAUGCUUAGAAGCUGGUUAGGGGAAAGAGGAUCUUGGACGAUUCAUACCUUUACAUGGUGCAGUUGAGGACCGUUCAUCCACUCAUUUAUAGGGCUGCUUGAAAAGGGGAUUAUGUUUGUUUUCAAUGUCUUGAUUUUAAAAAAAUAAGACCCUUAAUUUCCUGGUUUUUGUUUUUAUGUUAUUAAUACACUUAUUUUUUUUGUUUUUGGAGAUUGGGUGAGUGAGAAAAUGUGGUCACUUUUCUUUCAAGACUUUGUCUUUACAGAAGACCUUUUCCACAGUCUGUUUGUAUGUUGUACAUUGUUUAAUGUAAUUCGCUUUAAUUAUUACAAUAAAAUGGAGGUAUUUCAAUACCCCACAAAAAACUG